AUGGGUGACGAUGCGCCAUACUCAAGCCCGCUAUUCUCUCGUCCAGGCCCUAGCUCGAACAUAGGAAUGCUGACUGACUUGUCGUCUCCGUCUCUGACAUCACAACAGAACUCUCAACGCUCUUUUCAAGAUCCAUAUGCAUCGCUUCCUUUGGUCAUGCCGAAUAGCUCUGAGUCAUCCGGUUCUUAUCUUACACCUCUCAAAGGAUCGCAAGCUGCUACUACCUCAAUUUACGGCCCAACGCCACGCCGACACAGCCAGACGGACAUCACUCAGUAUAUGCACUCUCUAGAUUCCAACACCUCUAACCUUGACACGGCUGGGUUCGUACAAGAGCGCAUAUACGGGGCUCCUCUUGACAACAGCCAGGAUAUCCAAUGGGACCCCACACCUCCUAUCACGGACGCACUAGCUGCCACGCUUGACGGUGAUGACAUGCACCCUAGCCGGCUGGCACGACACGCUCGUGUUUCUUCGGACGGCGCAACCCUAUUUGACGAGCCCGAGCUCACCUCCCAGGAGCAGUACUGGAAAUCCGAGAGCAUCGGCGAGGACGACGAUCAGUGGCUCCACCAAGCGGAACCCUUUCUCCAAGCAGCGGAGUACGGAGCCUUCCCCGCAUCUGCAAGUCCUCCGCCUAUCCCCUUCUCGGAACCGCCGAUCUACGACAUGCCACCCGCCUCGUUUCAGCCUUCGACGCAGGACGUGUAUGCGUCCAGACUACUCCGAUACGCUUCGGCUAUGGACCCCACGAGGACCGAAAUCCGCUAUGCGCCGAAGCUGAGCCGUCCUGAGUCACCGGGAGAGGCACUGAUAGACGAGAUGGAGGAGCUGAUGUGGCCGAGCCCACUCUGA